UCCUCCUCUCUCUGUCUCUCUCCAAGAUAUAUUAAUUUUAUUCCGCCCACACAAAAAGUGGGGGGGUGCAAGCAAGAGAAGGAUAGGGACACGAGAACCCGGAAGAGAGAGAAGAAAGUUAGAGAGAGAGAGAGAGAGCGGUGGUGGUGGAGUUGGACCGGAGCGUUGGGGCUGUGCGGAUCGGAGGAGGUUAUGAACAGCUAAUGCCCAUUCAUUUAUUAUGGACUUGCACCAGUUGUUAAAGUACAGAUUAACAGGUGCUAACGUCUUCUACAAAAUUCCUACUGAGAACAACUUAGCAAACUCUCCUUGGACAUCUAGUCCACUGAAGUCCGAGUUCAGCAACUCCUCGUACACUCCUCUUUCAGCCCAGCUUGAGUGUGAUAAUUUGUCUGCUCUUAGCAACACUCCAGACAACCAGAGCUCUACAGAAACCAUUUCAGCCCAACCAAUAUCCCCGCUGGAAGUAGACAGCUCAUACAGACAGGCAGGUAUCCUUUGGGAGAACAUCCAAGUGAGACCUGAUCCAUUGCAUGCAACAUCAAGGCAUAAUAUGCAACACGCUUUACGGGAAAUAGAGACUGUUCUGAUGGCACCUGAUGCUGAUGAUGCAGCCACUGACACCAAGCACGAGUUGGAGGGAAACAAACCUGCUCAGCUGAUGAGGCAGCGGUCAAGGACAUGGAGUCAUGAGUCAAGACAGCCAUCACCAGGAGUUGUUCGGGCACAAUUUGCAUCUGGAUACCCCAGAGCAAGCUAUGAAUUCCGCCCAGAGAAACGUCAAAGGGAGUUAAGGGAGGAUCCACAGAGCAUUGUGAAGCAGCUGUUAACCGAGUGUGCUGAAGCAUUAAGCGAGGGCAGGAUAGAGGAGUUCAAUAAGCUUGUUCAUCAAGCUCGCGGAGUUGUUUCAAUUACUGGGGAACCAAUCCAGCGUUUAGGUGCUUACCUUCUUGAGGGUUUGGUUGCUAGACAUGGAAACUCGGGUACAAACAUAUAUCGUGCUUUGAAGUGCCAUGAGCCGGAGAGCAAUGAACUUUUGUCCUACAUGAAGAUUUUAUACACUAUCUGUCCGUACUUAAAGUUUGGCUAUAUGGCUGCCAAUGGGGCAAUUGCAGAAGUAUUAAGAAAUGAGGACAAAAUCCAUAUAAUUGAUUUCCAGAUUGCUCAAGGGACACAGUGGAUAACACUGAUACAAGCGCUAGCUGCAAGGCCUGGGGGUCCACCACAUGUGCGGAUCACUGGGAUAGACGAUCCAGUUUCACAGUAUGCCCGUGGUGAAGGUCUGGUGAUUGUAGGGAUGAUGUUGAAAGGCAUGUCCGAAGAAUUCAGGAUACCUCUGGAGUUUACCCCUCUAUCUGUCUAUGCCACUGAAGUUACAAAAGAAAUGCUUGAGAUUAGGCCUGGUGAAGCACUUGCUGUCAACUUCACUCUCCAGCUGCACCACACCCCAGAUGAGAGUGUGGAUGUUAACAACCCACGGGAUGGGUUACUCCGGAUGGUGAAAGCGCUGUCCCCGAAGGUGACUACAUUGGUGGAGCAGGAGUCGCACACCAACACGACGCCUUUCAUGAUGAGGUUUAUUGAGACCAUGGACUACUACUCUGCCAUGUUUGAGUCAAUCGAUGUGAACCUGUCACGGGACAACAAAGAGAGGAUAAAUGUGGAGCAGCACUGCCUCGCCAAGGACAUUGUGAACAUCAUCGCCUGUGAGGGGAAGGACAGGGUGGAGAGGCAUGAGCUCCUGGGGAAGUGGAAAUCAAGGCUGACCAUGGCUGGCUUCACGCCUUGCCCGCUGAGUUCGUAUGUGAACUCGGUGAUAAAGAAGCUUCUCCCAUGCUACUCUGACAAGUACACAUUGGAGGAGAAGGAUGGCGCGAUGCUUCUCGGUUGGAAGAACAGGAAGUUGAUAUCUGCUUCUGCAUGGUACUAACAGUAAGUUAAGAAGAACAUAAGAAAACAUCUCUUAUAUGUAUACUGAAUUUCCUGGUCUGCUCUCCGGAAAGAUUCCCUUUGUUGUACAUGUACAUGAUGCUGUACCCUCAGUGUCUGUAAAAUAUAGACCAGGAUAAACAUUGAAAUUAGAUUGUAGCUGUAUGGUAAUUACAAUUUUCUUGUGCUUUUAAUGUA